AUGUCAUCAUUACAUUCUCUUUUGGCUCUUGAUAGCCGCCCUAUAGAUGAGAGCUAUAUUUCUGAGUUGAAGCGGCUUUUGAAGAGCGGAAUUCCAGCGACUUAUACGCUUGAACAAGCUGCAGCUCACGAAGCUGGACAAGAGGACCCAGAGGGACCUGAAUUUAACACUACGCCGUUACACAUUCUCGUGAGAUCCUUGCCCGAUGACGUGAGUGAUCAAGAGUCCAAAACGGUGCUGGAGAUGAUGGAGGUUCUCUUUGAAUAUGGAGCAGGAUGGAACUUUCUCGAUUUCGAAGGGAAGAGCGUUGGUGACAUUCUGUGGGAUCGCAGGAUGCGUGAGGGCAAUAUCCUGUACGAGAGGGUUGUCGAAGCCGGGGUUAGCGCGGAAUUGUUGCUUCGUAAACUCGGAGAAUUGAUGCCUCAACCUUCGGUCGAGGAAGAAACUGGUGACGGGGAAGCAUCCAAUAGGGACGCUGCUGAAAACCAAGAAACCUAUUUGAAUUCUGACCUUGAAUAUACGGAUUCCGCACUGGUAACUAAGGAUAAUCGUGACGGAGUCAUGAUGGACUGGGAAACAGAUAUCAUGCGGCUGGCGCGCGACAGCAUGUUCAAAUACGGCGACACAUCAAGUGAGACCGGUCCUGUCGUUUGCAAUAUUGGCUUUGGCAUGGGGAUUAUCGAUACUUUCAUUCAGGAACGAAGUCCUGCAAAACACUACAUAUGCGAGGCGCACCCUGCGGUGCUGGCUCGCAUGCGGCAAGAAGGCUGGUACGACCGGCCAGGAGUUGUUGUUCUUGAAGGCCGUUGGCAGGACACUCUUUCGGCGUUGCUAGACGCCGGCAAUGUGUUUUUCGACGCCAUUUAUUAUGACACUUUCAGCGAGCAUUACAGCGACAUGCUUGACCUGUACGACACCGUCGUAGGACUCUUGAAACCCGAAGGUGUAUUUUCGUUUUUCAAUGGGUUGGGUGCCGAUCGGCCGGUGUGUUACGACGUUUACAGACGUAUAGUCGAGAUGGAUCUGCGUGAUUAUGGUCUCAAGUGUUCUUUUGAGCCUGUGCAACUAUCACAACUUCCUAGCUGGAAAGAUGUGCGUAGACCUUACUUCGCGUGCGAAACUUAUUAUCAUCCGGAAAUAAGGUUUGCUUAG